GGGGCCUUGCUCCGGGUAGUGUCUCGCCUGCGCUUAAAGGUCCCGGGUGGCCCUGCUGCCGAGUCAAUCGCACAGUGAGCUGCCCCUGCCGCGGGAGCAGCAGGGACGACGCCGGGCGACCCGAAAAGCUGGGAGAUGAUCCCUAGGGCUGUCUCAUCCAUCCUCCUCCGUACCUAUGUGGGAUGUUUUAGGACGCAGUGGCCUUUGAGGAUGUGGCUGUGAACUUCACCCUGGAGGAGUGGGCCCUGUUGGAUCCUUCACAGAAGAAACUCUACAGAGACGUGAUGCGGGAAACCUUGAGGAACCUGGCCUCCAUAGGGGAAAAGUGGAGAGACCCUAACAUUGAAGAUCAGUACAAAAACCAGGGAAGAAAUCUGAGGAGUCAUUUGGUAGAGAGGCUCUGCCAAAGUCCCGAAGGUGGUCAGUGUGGAGGAACCCGCAGCCCUGUUCCUCAUCUUAAUCUGAACCAGAAAACUUCUGCUGAAGUAAAACCGUGGGAGUGCGGCACGCGUGGGGAAGUCUUCCUGCGUCCUGCGCCCCUAAACGGGCAUACGAGGUCUCACGCGCCACCGAAAGCGCGCAAGUGUCAGGCGUGUGGGAAAAAGCCUUAUAAGUGUAAAGAGUGUGGAAAAGCUUUCAGUUAUCUCCAGCCUUUUCAGAAACAUGAACGAAAUCACAGCGUAGAGAAAUCUUACAAGUGUAAGGACUGCGGGAAGUCCUUUAGGUAUCGCCAGUCUGUUCGGAAACACGAGAGGACUCACACCGGAGAGAAGCCCUAUCGGUGUCAGCAGUGCGGGGAGGCCUUCCGGUAUCGCCAGACCUUGCGGACGCACGAGCGGACGCACACCGGGGAGCAGCCCUACCGGUGUGAGCGGUGCGGGAAGGCGCUCAGCUGCCCCAGCUCGGUCCGCAGCCACGCGCGCACGCACACGGGCGAGAAGCCCUACGCGUGUCAGAAGUGUGGGAAAGCCUUCAGCUGCCCCAGCUCGCUGCGAAAGCACGCGCGCACGCACACGGGCGAGAAGCCCUACGCCUGUAAGGAGUGCGGCAAGGCCUUCAUUUCCCUUGGGAGCUUCCAGAGGCACAUGAUCACCCACACGGGAGUCGGGCCGUAUCGGUGCGAGGCCUGCGGCAAGGCCUUCAGCUGUCCCAGCUCGUACCGCGUCCACGAGCGGUCCCACACCGGGGAGAAGCCCUACGCGUGCACGCAGUGCGGCCGGGCCUUCAGCUGCUCCAGCUCGUUCCGAACCCACGAGCGCACCCACACCGGAGAGAAGCCCUACCAGUGCAAGGAGUGCGGCAAGGCCUUCCACUGGCUGACCACGUUCCAGGUGCACGUGAGGACUCACACCGGCGAGAGGCCCUACACGUGCAAGCUGUGCGGGAAGGCCCUCAGCUGCCCCACGUCCUUUCGGAGGCACGAGCGGACUCACACCGCGGAGAAGCCCUACGAGUGCACCCAGUGCGGGAAGACCUUCCGCUCCCCCCUCGGUUUGCAGAUCCACGGGAGGACUCACACCGGCGAGAAGCCCUACAAAUGCGAGGAGUGCGGGAAAGCCUUCGUGUCCCUCACCAGUUUCCGAAGACACAUGAUGACACACACCGGCGACGGGCCCUACAAGUGCCAGGAGUGCGGGAAGGCCUUCAACUGUCCCAGUUCCUUCCGCAUCCACGAACGCACGCACACCGGCGAGAAGCCCUACGAGUGCAAGAUCUGCGGGAAGGCCUUCAGCUGCUCCAGUUACGUGCAGGUGCACGCACGAACGCACACCGGCGAGAAGCCCUACGAGUGCAAGGCGUGCGGGAAGGCCUUCAUUUACCGCACCACCUUCCGCGGACACGUGAGGACGCACACCGGCGAGAAGCCCUACGCGUGCAAGGCGUGCGGCAAAGCCUUCAGCCGCCCCAGUUCGUUCAGAAGCCAUGAAAGAAUUCACACUGGAGAGAAACUUCUUGAAUGUAAACAUUGUGGGAAAGCCUUCAACUGGCCCACCUCCUUACAUAAACACGUGAUGAGAAUGCACACAAGAUAGGGGAGUUCUAACUGGAAAAUACCAGAAAGGGUUCAGUCCUAACGAACACGGAGUCUUGUAAAACAAAUGCCACUGCAGAAAAACGAUAUAAAUGUCAGUGAUAUGGGAAAGUCUGAUGCAGAUUCACAGGCAGCACUGCAGGGAAUUCACAACGUGAAAGAAAUGCUUCCAAAGGUGAAAAUGGUGAAAUGUGUUCUGGAACUCAGUCACUGGACUGCACCGUCCAGUCAUUGCUUUCCAGCUGAACGUUGAGCCGAGACCACUCUGAUCCCUGUUUCAGCAACAGAACAUAAGCUUAGGUAGCCUUUUCCCUUAAAUCAGCUUAUCAACGUUUUCUGUCUUUCCAUUUUGAUGUCUCUUGGGUCUCUGGGUGAGUUAAAGUGUAUUUGUAAUAUGUAAGAAUUAAUUUUUAUAUAAUCUUUUAACUAUUCUGUACAUGAAGGGGCCAUUGAAAAGUGACAUUUUGGUAUUUGCUGGGAUUUUCCUUUUGACCUCCUGUCACAGGUACUGGAUCUUGUCUAUUAUAAAUAUUCCUCCUUUCAUGUAAGAAAAAGUUUCUUCUUUUUUUUUUUUUAAUCCAAAGAGUCUUUAUUUUCUCCCUGGUUAGUAAAUUGUAGGCAUAAAUUUGUAAGUAUGCAGAGUUUAUCAUAGAGUAUAAUCUCACUAGAACUGCUCUUUACAUAUUUUCCCUUAACCCUUUGCCGUUUCUUCUGACUGUAAUUUGAAGAUUACCCUUUUACGAGACCAAAAAACCCGCACAAAUGUAGGAUUGGAGAUGGCACUCCUGGAAUGCACUAGGUCAACACGGGUAAUGCUUUGACCCAAUUUUCUACAAUCUGCUCUCUUUAUAGUUUCAUGUUAGAAUUCACCAGUAGCCUCACUUGCAUGAGAUUGGGAAGGUGGAAAGGGAAUAGGGCCUUAGUUUUUGGAAUCACAGUCCAGCCAGUGAUAGACACCAUAGGAAUUUUACGUACACCUUCCCGCCCAUUUUGCUGGGUUUCUGCCCUGCCAGACAAAACUUAACUUUCAGUACUGCCACCAGCUACUUGGCUUCCGUUUUAUCAGACCUGUAAGUUUCCACAGAGGUCACCACAAGUUCUACAGCAAAGGUUGAUGCCAUUUGGAUUUUCCUGCCAGCCAUCAUGUGUCCACCGGACCGUCAUGGCUGAGAAUGAUCUUUAAAGCACUGAACUUCCCUCUUCUCAGGAGUGUGUUUGUAUAGGGUCUAGUUUGUGUAGCAAACACCUUGUUCUCUAAUAUUCCUAAUUACUGUGUGUUCCUGAUUCCACCAAUACAGUGGCAACGUGUAGCCAAGAGGAACCACAUGGUAAUUUGCUCCUGCCCUGCACUGUGCACUGAUUUCUGUGAAAACAAGCCUUUUCAUGUGAAAAUAAGCACCUUCUUAUCUGGCAGAUUGUGGGUGUUUCUCAUUACUCACAUCGGGACAUAAGUCUUUGGUACAUUUUCAAUUAUGUUUGUAUGUGAUUUAAAACAUGUUUUAAAACUCAAGCCAAUGUACAUGUUCCUUAAAAUGUUUUUUUUUUUUUAACUGUUGGGUCCAUUCCCUGAUAGGAUAUAUUAAAACAUCCCAUUGCAGUUGUGGAUUUUCAAGUCACCUUGUAAUGCUAUCAUUAUACAUUCUGAAGACCA